AUAAUAGUGUUGGUCGUGCGGGUGGCAGGGGAGUGCAGCAGACGGCGCCCCGGCAGCGAGUAUCAAUCAUCAAUUAUCAAUAACAAGCAAAAUUGAUCCUUAAAGACAUAAGUAGAGUUGUUGAGAGCAGGUCGACUUGCAUUACCAUCAAUCACUAGAAUGGGAGACCAACCAAAAUUUAAAUUGUUGCCCAAGAUCCUUAAUGGAGGGAUUGCUGGUAUCGUGGGAGUAACAUGUGUGUUUCCCCUUGACUUGGUAAAAACACGACUUCAGAAUCAACAAAUUGGCCCAAAUGGUGAACGCAUGUAUAAUUCAAUGCUUGAUUGCUUCAAGAAAACUUACCGUGUGGAAGGUUACUUUGGCAUGUACCGAGGUUCGGGCGUCAACAUUCUGCUAAUAACACCAGAAAAGGCUAUUAAGCUCACUGCCAAUGAUUUCUUCCGUCACCACUUGACUACAAAAGAUGGGCAAGGUGGCCCACCAAGGCAGGGUGGCCUGAAAAAGAAAGACUUUCAUCAUCAUUCACUCCAUCACUGUCUUGCCAGAGGCGUGCUUACACUACAGUUACAAAACUGCAACACUAAUAUAAUAAUUUUAUUUACCAAAGUGUAUGCUGUUAUGAAUGGAAUUAAAGUGUAAAACAGACAGAUCUUGUUAAUUCAUUAUUGUUGUCCAUGUGCUCCAGUGACAACAAAAGAGGUCAGUAUUUUCUGUUGUCUUAAUAAUACAGAAAAGAAUUCAAGAAGAUUGUGUGUAAUAUUAUGUAUUAGUUUUAAGUUAGUGUUAAUUUGUCUCGAGUGUAUUGCAUAACUCCGGGGGGGGGGGAUUUUCCAAUUAGGUCAUCACCAUUGUACAACAUAUCUGUCAACCAGAGUUUUCAUGGUUUACCUGGAGUUUACCUGGAGAGGGUUUCGGGGGUCAACACUCCCAUGGCUCGGUCUGAGACCAGGCCUCAUGGUGGAUCAGGGUCUGAUCAACCAGGCUGUUACUGCUGGCUGCAUGCAAACUGAUGUUAUAAGACCCACAGCCCGGUUGGUCAGGUUACUGACUUUAGGUGCCUGUCCAGUGCCUUCUUAAAGACAGCCAGGGGUAAAUAAAUAUUUUAUUUUAUUUAUGACUGAUGUAGCUAUAAGCAUGGGUAUAGUUAUAGUUGUGUAAGAGUAAGGAAGCAAGACACAAGAUACUGCCUAGUGACCCUAUUUAUGGCCAGGUCUAUGGGCCAGAAUUGGGUUGCCACAUUUUAGGGAGCUGGUGAAAAUGGCCAUCUUGCACAGGCAGUGUUGAGAGUGGGUGGCUACUUGAAAUAAUCAAGGCAGGUGAUUAGUCAAGAGCUGGGUAGAGAAAUUAACUGUUGGGAACUGUUUCUUCUAUUUUGCUAACAGGUAGAGACAGUUGGGCAGAAGGAGUCAGCCACACUGUGAUAUGGAUCUACAGUGGACCCCCGGUUAACGAUUUUAAUCCGUGCAAGAGGGCUCAUCGUUAUGCGAAAUAAUCGUUAUGCGAAUUAAUUUUCCCCAUAAGAAAUAAUGGAAAUAAAAUUAAUCCGUGCAAGACGCCCAAAAGUAUGAAAAAAAUUUUUUUUUACCACAUGAAAUGUUAAUUUUAAUACACACAAACUGAAAAAGGCAUGCACAAUUACAUGACACUUACUUUUAUUGAAGAUCUGGUGAUGAUUGAUGGGAUGGGAGGAGGGGAGAGCAUUAUCUUCUUACUGUUUAGAAGGGGAAUCCCCUUCCAUUAGGACUUGAGGUAGCAAGUCCUUUUCUGG